AUGAACUUUUCAACUGCCCUCAAGAUAGCUGAUGUUGACGACUACAUUUUACCGGCGGUCGAGUGCAUAAAACCAGUAAAGAUACCUCGAUACGUUGGCAAGACCGAAUCUAUCACUAUCGAAGAUGACGGUACGUACGUAGCUACAAAUGACUCUGGUGAGAAAUUCCCUCUUGCAAAGACCAAAAUCGACCUGAAUGACUGCCUCUCCUGCAGCGGAUGCAUAACCACCGCAGAGACUAUCCUCGUCUCUCAGCACAGCGUGCAAACUUUUUUAAACUUACUUAAAGUAUUGGAAUACUUUGAAUGCUUUUAUUUUUGUUCAUGGACAAUUUGUCAAGAACGGAAAAAUUACGAAAUUGUGGUGGCAUUGUCACCGCAGUCACUGGCAAGCUUAACGACUUCCCUUCAACGAGGCGGCGAGUCAUCAUUGCCCCAGCGAUUGACAGAAGCCUUUUCCAAGGUGAGCAAAGAGGGCGGAGCAACAAUGCGGAAUGUGAGAGCUUUCUGCUCGCGCCUUUUGCACUCACAUGGUAUCGUCUCGACGCCCAUUCUCGACACCACAUGGAGUCGAGAUGUUACACUCUUCGCCACUGCUGAGGAAUUUGUUAGGGCAUUCGCAGACCAAUCGGAUGCGCCAAAACUCCCCAUACUCACUGGAAUCUGCCCCGGAUGGGUUUGUUACGCGGAGAAGACUCACUUCAAGAUGCCAUCCAAACCUACAAGUGGUGACGUUAGUGGGGACGGCAACGGGGAGGAGUCCGUUCUCAUCCAGCACCUCUCAAGAGUGCGUUCACCGCAGCAGCUUCUGGCUGGUGUGUUAAAACGGGUGGUUAGGGCUGACGGACGUCGUCUCUUUCUUGUUUUCGUUAUGCCUUGCUACGACAGAAAAUUGGAGGCCUCCCGCAGUCAGUUUCUCUUAGAUUGCGACGACGGUGUAGCGGAGAAGGAAGCUGAUCUAGUUCUUGGUACUAACGAAUUUGUUUCCGUACUUGACGCCAUCCUACAGAAUCCAGAUCCAACCUCUAUUGACACAGUGUCUGAGGACAAUCUGAUACAUCGGAGGUUAUCUGAACUGUUGAGACUAGAGCGGAUGAAGGGAGCGGAGGAAGACGGAGAUUUCAUCACCUAUCGUCAUGCAGGUUCGGGGUCGGGCGGCUACGCUUUUGCCGUUCUCCGGCACGCUGCUGAACACCUCUUCCACAUCCACUUACCUCUUGCUGUCAAUGAGGACCCGCGGGUGCUCACUCGUUACCUUGGAAAUAAGGAUUUGCAGGAAAUUCUACUCUUCAACAGCGCGGAGGAGUGUGAAACGGCUACUAGGAACACGUCGGCAGGGCGCACGCCCUACCGUCACACUGGAUUGAGGCCUACAGCCCUCCUCUCACUUUUGAUUGCUAAUGGCUUCCGCAACAUUCAGACAGUCGUGCAGCAGAUUAAGCGUGCUUACGCAAAGGCGCUCUCGCAUCACUCAACGGUUCGAGCUGAGGCGCCGUUCGACUUUGUCGAAAUUAUGGCCUGUCCCAAUGGCGGUUGCCUCAACGGAGGCGCACAGCUGAAGACGGAUCUAGCCGACGUUUCUCGGAUCUAUUUCUCCUUGGAGGAAAAGGAGGUUCUCAAAAGUGAGGCAGCGCACCAACUGCUCGCGACCCUUGAUCCCGUCAGCAAACAACACGCCUGUUACACCUCCUACCAUGCUGUCCCCAAAGUGGAGAUCACCAACCCCUCAGUGCUCAAAUGGUGA